CUCAAAAUCUCCCCCCAAUUCCUCAACUCUGCUCUCCGCCGGACCGACCGCCCCGCACCACCAAUUCGGCCAUGGCUCCGCCUCUACCAGCAAUGUACUCCUCGCUCCACGCCGCCGACUCCGAUUCCGACGGCUCCCUCCUCUCCGACGUACCCGACUCCCCGCCUCGCCGCUGCUCGCCACCCCGGCCGCCACCGCCCAAACACCGUCCCACGCCAAAUCCAACCACAAAACUCAAGCGCAAGCCCAAACCCAAACCUAAGCCCAAGCCAGUACCCUCCUCUACCUCCACCCCCACCUCCGCCACCGCGCCUCCAAUCCGCGCCGCCGCCCUCUCUGACCCGCACGGCCUCACCGGGCGCAUCGCUCCCACGGCGUCCGCGCUCACAGCCAACGCCGGCGCAGCCUCCUUCUCCUCAUUCCGCCGCCUCGUCCAGUCGCGCAACCUCACCGUCGAACCCGCCGCCGCAUUCACCAUCCCUACCCCUGCCCCCGCCUCCCCGUCCGAGCCCGAGCCCGCGGAGAUACCAAGCGCCGAGCCGUGCCCGCCCCCGGCAGCCACCUACCCGCUGCCGCAGCUCAGGCCCAAGCGGGUGCACCCCAACUCGGUGUCGGAGGCCCCCACGGUCGCGGCCGAGCAGCCGAAGAGACCCAGAGGGGACAGCGCAGGCAACUUCGUUCGGCUCAACAUCAACGGGUACGGCCGGAAGAAAUCGUUCAAGUCGCAGGCAAGGCGCCCGACGAAAUUCCGCUCCUGGAAGCGGCAGCAGCCCGGCGGUGGCAAGCCCCGGGUAGGCGCCGACGAGGAAGGGGAUUUCGUGGCUGAGGCGCUGCUCGAGCGGGAGAAGAAUGGGGCGGGAGGAGGCGACGGUGUUCUCGAGGCUGUUGAGGUAGCCAGGGAGGACCCGUCCGAGCAGAAUCUUGACAGCUUGCUCAGGAAGGUGUUUGGCUAUGAUUCAUUCCGCGUAGGUCAGCUUCAGGCGAUCCAGAAUAUAAUUGCAGGAGAGUCUACGGUGCUUGUGCUGCCGACUGGCGCGGGCAAGUCACUGUGCUAUCAGUUGCCCGCUAUGAUUUUGCCUGGACUGACACUGGUGGUGAGCCCACUGCUUUCCUUGAUGGUGGAUCAGUUGAGGAAGCUCCCUGCAUUUCUCCCAGGAGGCCUUCUUGGGAGUAGUCAGACGAGCGAUGAGUUUCAUGAAACAUUGCGAAGGUUGCGUGCAGGGGAAAUAAAGGUUCUUUUUGUUUCCCCUGAGAGAUUCUUGAAUGAAGAAUUUCUGCUGAUAUUCCGGGACACGCUGCCAAUAUCUCUUGUGGUGAUCGAUGAAGCUCAUUGCAUUUCUGAAUGGUCUCAUAAUUUUAGACCUUCAUAUCUAAGGCUUCGAGCAUCACUACUUCGGAGAAAGCUUAAUAUUCAAUGUAUUCUUGCAAUGACUGCAACUGCAACAACGCAAACCUUGCAGGAGAUAGUAAGUGCCUUAGAAAUACCAUCUGGUAAUCUCAUCCAAACAUCUCAAAUAAGGGAAAAUUUACAGCUAUCUAUUAGCAUGAGUGAUAACAGGUUGAAGGAUUUAUUGUUGUUAUUAAAGUCUCCCCCUUUUGUUGACAUGAGAAGUAUUAUCGUCUAUUGUAAAUUUCAGACAGAAACAGACUUUGUUUGUAAGCACUUGUGUGAUAACAACAUUACUGCCAAGAGCUACCAUAGUGGACUUCUGAUGAAAAAGAGGAGCCGUGUACAGGAGCUUUUUUGCUCUAACAAAAUAAGAGUGGUUGUUGCAACUGUGGCAUUUGGCAUGGGUCUUGAUAAGAGUGACGUCGAAGGGGUGAUCCACUAUAGGUUGCCGGAAAGCAUGGAAGAAUACAUACAGGAAACUGGCCGUGCUGGAAGGGAUGGACGGGUAUCACACUGUCAUCUUCUUUUUGAUUCAACAACAUUCUAUAAGAUUCGUAGUCUUUCACACAGUGAUGGCAUUGAUGAAUAUGCAAUGAGCAAAUUUCUUCACCAGUUAUUCUCCUCUGGCACAGGGUGCAUCUGUUCCUUGGUUAAAGAGUCUACAUCACGCAAGUUCGAUAUGAAAGAAGAGGUGCUUUUGACGGUCCUCACACAGCUGGAAAUUGGCGACGAGCAAUAUCUCCAUUUACUUCCUCAGUUCAGUGUUACCUGCACAUUGUAUUUUCACAAGACAUCACCGCAAUUGCUCGCUGACAAGGAUAUACUACUUAGAUCAAUUCUAAAAAAUUCAGAGAUGAAGGAUGGAAGUUAUGUCUUCGAAGUACCAAGAAUAGCUAACAAUAUGAGGAUCACAAUGAAUGAAGUGUUUGAUCGAUUGCAAAAGCUAAAGUUUUCAGGAGAACUAUCAUAUGAAGUGAAAGACCCAGCCUACUGUUACAUGAUCUUGAAAAGGCCAGAUGACUUAAAUGCUCUUUCAGAAAAAGUCACAAAAUGGCUUUCUGAAGUAGAGAACUCAAAGAUCAGAAAACUGGACGCUAUGUUUUGUCUUGCGAACUAUGCCGUCAAAAGUUGCAAAAGGACCAGUGGGUGUUCUGGUUCCCAGCACACUCCGUGCAUUCAGAAGAGGAUUAUAGACUACUUCAGCAGAACUGAAGGCCCGUCAGACGAUGACUACUGUACUCCGCUCCGCAAGAGCAGCACGUUCUUGCAAUCCGAUAUAAAAGUAUUCCUCCAGAGCAAUUCGUUUGCAAAGUUCACCCCGAGGGCGGUCGCGAGGAUUAUGCACGGCAUCUCGAGCCCAGCGUUUCCAGCUGCAACUUGGUCCAAAAACCACUUCUGGGGACGCUAUAUGGAGGUUGAGUUUCCAUUGGUCAUAGAAGCUGCCAGAGCAGAGCUAGUUAAAUUUGUUGGAAAAGGAGAAUAGUACUACAAGCUGGCAAUCGGAUGGCUUGCCAGGCUACCAUGCACGUAGGAAUGAAAUUGAAGAAACCAAGAAUCUGAUAGAAAGUUAACUACAGAAGAGACGCUUGGGAGAGUGUGUUGGCAAGCAUUCUCAUGCAGAGGGAACACCAGCCUGGUGAUUGUGAAGCAUCUAUUCAAGCAAUGCUUUGCCUUCCAGUGAAGCUGUCUACAUGCGUUUUCGCUGUCUUAAGACGCACGCUGAUGAAGGAAACGAAUAAACGAUGAUGCAAACUGAUGUUCCCUCUUCGGGAGCAAAAACAUUAUUUGCAAUGUAAAGAAAUAUUAGUCA